CGUGCUGUCGGUGUGUGAGGCCGCGUUUACCAGAAAUUAUUAGCCCGGAGCACUUCUUCGGGCUCAUUUCGCCGCAAGCCACGAACGCGACAACCAAAAUCCGACCGGCAUGUUCCAAAACAAAAUCGUUCUGUCAGACAUCAGUCAACCCUUUCAAAAUUCCAAUUCGCCGAAAAUGGACGACGACGACCAGUUCGUGCCGGACGACGUCCAGAAGAUCGUCAAGGACAACAUCGAGGCCUGCCUCACGGACACCACGUACGAGGUGGAGAAGGUGAACCAGUGGAGCGCCAGGGUCUCGGAGCAGUGCCUCACGGCGCUGAGCAAGCUGAAGAAGAACUUCAAGUACGUGGUGACGUGCUCGAUCAUGCAGAAGACGGGGGCUGGGUUGCACACGGCGAGUUCUUGCUACUGGGACAGCACCACGGACGGGACCUGCACGGUGCGGUGGGAGAACAAGACCAUGUAUUGCAUUGUUACCGUUUUUGGGCUUGCGAUUUAAAAUGGAGAGGAUCGUCGGGGCAAAUUUAUGUGGCGUGUAUUUACUAUUUGACUGUUUUAUAUUUAUAUUGACUGGACGAGUUUGUGGAGGAGAUUUUUUGUAAGUUGUAGACUUUAUACA